AUGCAGCUCCUACGAUCGCUAGUGCUGCUCUUCAACUUCGCGCUCCUGAUCCACGCGCUCGCAUUACCCGCAUCCUUCGACGCCGCAUUCGAACAAUCGAAAGAGCUCUUCAAGCGAAAAGGUGGUGGAGGCGGUGGAGGUCGAGGAGGCGGAGGAAGCAGCUCCUCGUCUUCGUCUUCUUCAUCCUCAUCUGGUGGAUCGCGAGGAUCUGGUUCCUCUGGAUCAUCGUCGUCUGGGCGCACAUCGACUACAUCGAACGUAGGGGGCUCGACUGCAGCGGGCAGCGGCACUGCAAGAGGAUACGGCGGCGGCGCAUAUUACGGAGGAGGUGCAGGAGUACCCUACGCGUCUGGAGGAAGAUCUGGACGUGGUGUCGCGCCCUAUGUGUUAGGUGGUGCCGCGCUUGGCAUCCUUCCUGGCGUCUGGCUUUACGGCGCAUACGCAUACUCCUACCCUGGCUACUACGGCUACUACAACAGGACCGCGAACCGCAACGAGUCUCAUCCUAUCGAAUGUCUAUGCGGUCAACGUGCGUCGUGCGGAUGUGACCCUAGCAACUCAACGGACUACUUGAACGAAGUUGCCAACAAUAACACCAUCGCACGCGUGGGAGACGUCAACGGCACUCAGACUUUGGUAAUCAACGGUACUUUGGAGAACGGAACAACCGCACCUGGUGGAUCAGACAGCGCUGCAUCUGGUCUCAAGCUCGCCGAGACGAGUGGUUUGUGGGUCGUCGUCGCUGGCGUGGUGUAUACGAUGUGGUUCAUGUAA